UAAUGUUGCACAGGUCACCAGAUGGAGCGCGCAACGUCGAAGAGGCAACCUCAAAGCAGCUAUUCGUUUACAAAGUUGAAAAAACACGUUUCGCAUCAGCAGAUGAUCACGUGAUGUUUCGAGCAGCAUUGAAGGAUUAUCCCAUGCUCCCACUCUGGCUCAAACUACACCAAACUAAUCACUCAUCCGAUGCCUUUCUAUAUGGCAUACCAGGUUCUGGUGAUGCCAGUCAAGAUGUGCUAGUCAUUGAGAUUGUAGCAGUGAAUGUUGAAAGCUAUGAUACUGCACGCAGAAAGCUUAGGCUAAGGGUCAUUGGUGAUUCUCCGCGGGCGGCGACGCAAAUGCAAGAGGUGCAGCUUCACAUAGAGAACAAAAACCUGGAGGACCUGCUGCAGCCCCCAACCCUGCUUGACCUCUUGGACAGAAUCAAGGACUUCUCGGUGUGGCCUAAUGCCGGUGCUGAUCUGCGCGUAACUGACGUGAAGAAGAUGGAAGAAGGCGAUUCUGAUAGCGUCAUUCUGAAGGUGGCGAGCACCGCCCCGCACUCGGCAGCGCUGCUGGGGGUACUGAGCAGGAAGCAGCGGGAAUCCUGGUGCGAGGACGGUGGCGGCGGAGACGGCGUGCCGGCGGGGGCCGUGUCCACGGACGCGGUGUUUGCACCAGAGUUCCUCAUCGACUGGUGCAUGCUGGAGCUGACAACUCUGCUGCCACCUGGUGAAAUGGAAACUGCGAGCAAGCAGCUGCAUCCGAUCGCCUUAGAGGAUGAAAUUGGCUUCCAUCCACCGAUAAGCAGGCACCCGCCCCGUGACUUCUUCUGGGUGGUGUUCCUAACGCUGGUGGUACCAUGUGCCGCACUCCUGUUUGUUGUCAUCUCUUUCGCCUGCAUCGUGUUCGGAUUUCGAGAAGGACAGUAAGUUACCUCUGGUGGA